AGAGCCAGGUGCAUGCUGGGAGUUGGACAUGUUCUACCCUCUGGACCAGUUUGGAGCGCUGUCAGCACUGGUGACAGCGCUCACGUCACUGCUGUGCGCGCUCCUGCUGCUGGUUCUGACUCGGCAACUGUGGACUUUGCGCUGGACCUUGACUCGGGACAAGACCAGUUCUCUGCCACUGCCCAGAGGCUCCAUGGGCUGGCCUAUGGUGGGAGAGACCUUCCACUGGCUCUUCCAGGGCUCUAAUUUCCACAUUUCACGUCGAGAACGUCAUGGCAACGUUUUUAAGACCCAUCUCCUCGGGAAGCCCUUGGUCCGAGUGACGGGUGCUGAAAACAUCCGUAAGAUCCUGCUGGGGGAGCACAGUCUGGUGUGCACACAGUGGCCCCAGAGCACCCGCAUCAUCCUGGGACCCAACACCCUGGUCAACUCCAUCGGAGACCUGCACAAACGGAAGAGGAAGAUCCUGGCUAAGGUCUUUAGCCGCGGGGCGCUGGAGUCCUACCUGCCUCGGCUGCAGAACGUGGUCAAGUUCGAAAUCGCCAAGUGGUGCUCCGCCUCUCCUCGCUCCAUCAAUGUCUAUGACGCCGCCAAGUCGCUGACGUUUCGCAUCGCUGUCAAGGUCCUGCUGGGCCUGCAGCUGGAGGAGGAGCGCAUAGUGUACCUGGCUAGUAUCUUUGAGCAGCUGAUGAACAACCUGUUCUCUCUGCCCAUAGACGCUCCGCUCAGUGGCCUUCGAAAGGGAAUAAAGGCCAGAGAAAUCCUUCAUGCCAACAUGGAGAAAAUCAUCGAGGAGAAGAUGGAGCGGCAGCAGACGCAGGAUAAUGAGUACAACGAUGCCUUCGACUACAUGCUGUCCAGUGCCCAAGAGCACGGGCAGGAGCUCAGCAUCCAAGAGCUGAAGGAGACUGCAGUAGAGCUGAUAUUUGCCGCUCACUCCACCACAGCCAGCGCCUCCACGUCACUCAUCCUGCAGCUGCUCCGUCACCCAGCAGUGGUCGAUCGGGCCAGGGCAGAGCUGGAGGCCGAGGGUCUCGGGUACCAGCCGAACAGCGCUAAUGUCUGCACCAGCGUGCUAGCAGAAACGGAGGUCGAGGCUGAACAGAGCAUCAUGGAGACGAGCCGCCUGCUGACCGGUGACAAGAGUGAAGCCGCUCCUCAGCCUCGGUCUCAUGUUCCAACACUGAGCCUCGAAAAUCUGACCCAGUUGUGCUACGUUGACUGUAUUGUCAAAGAGGUGCUUCGCUUUUUGCCCCCGGUGUCUGGAGGGUACAGGACGGCACUGAAGACGUUUGAAUUAGAUGGCUAUCAAAUCCCUAAAGGCUGGAGUGUGAUGUACAGCAUCAGGGACACCCAUGAGACCGCAGAGGUCUUCCAGAGUCCUGAGCUCUUCGAUCCCGAUCGAUUCGGACGGGACCGUGACGAGUGCCGGUCAGCCCGGUUCAACUACGUGCCGUUUGGUGGUGGCGUUCGAAGCUGCGUGGGUAAAGAACUGGCUCAGAUCAUUCUAAAGACUCUGGCUGUGGAACUGAUCGCCACCUGCAGCUGGACUCUGGCCACUGAGAACUUUCCCAAGAUGCAGACUGUGCCCAUUGUGCACCCAGUCAAUGGGCUGCAUGUGUAUUUCAACUACAACCGGCCACUUUAAACACGUGGUCUUCAUCUGAGAACACUGUCUGAGCGAGGCGGAGCAUCAGCACCGGACCUGACGCUUCAAUCUCUGCCAUUUUUCAUUUCAGUGGAUAGAAACCACCUCUGAAGAACAGGGUAACAUCCAUACACACACACACACACACACACAGAGCAACAGACAGGACUCCAUCAAUCGUAUUAAAGGGAUAUUUCAACUUUUGUCUAUGAGGAACCAUCGCCUGAAGCUUUUUUUCUGGUAGCCGUUCGACACCAGUA